AUGGCUGGUCGAUCAGCGCCGUAUGGACAAGCGUGUUUAAGCUGCUUCAAAACAAAAUGCAAGUGCGUUCUACGUUCGGACGGCAAUGGAUGUGAAAGGUGCUACCGUCUUAAGCGCCCGUGCCAUCCCGCUGAUGCCAUACGCCGUCGCAGCGAUAAAAAGCAAAAUUCAUCGGACGCCCGUAUCGCAAAACUUGAGGGCACCCUCGACCAGCUAGUCUCGCUACUUUCUGUGGACAACACCCGUGGAGACAGAGUCAACAUAUGGUCGCACCAGCAAUCUCCCCCCAUCGUUCCAUAUCCAGACGUGGUCGCAGAAGGAAUCGAGGGAAGUGCCACAGUGAAGGGCCCCGCCCCCGCCUUUAUCAAUGAAGAAAACGAUACCGAUACCGACGCUGUCGGUGACUCUACUUCUUGGUGGGCGAUGAACAAUGCGAAUGAGUUCAGCGCCAACGGUAUCUCUGUUACCACCUCCUCGUCCUUGACCGGGUCGGGCGCAUUUGAAUCGCCCUCUGUGCCUAGGCCCUCUUUAUCUCCACCCCCUGCAUCGGUUUCUAUUGAUAUCUUCUGCUCACGUAUGCUGCACCACUUCCCCUUUUUUCAUUUCCCUGCCCACCUCACGGCCGAGCAGCUGCAGCUAGACCGACCGUUCCUGUUCCGCGCCAUUAUUUGCGUGACCUCGGCAUCGGUCGAGGGUAACAAAGCAAGCUCCCUCGAGCUGAAGCGUGUGCUUUGCGAAACGGCAUUCCUUCGACAAUCGCAGCAGAACCAGCAGCGACCACAGCAUGAAACAGUCGAUCUGCUGCUAGGUCUUCUUGUCUACAUUGCAUGGGGUUGGGAGCACUUGCGCAGCCGUCGCAGUCUAUCACGACUCAUGGGGGUGGCCACAUCAUUGGUUGGAGAAUUGCGCUCUCAUGACCAAGUUAUACCAGAUGUUUCGCACACAAUAAGGCACCUUGAACCAAACGGCGGCUAUGACGAUGUGUAUGGCGUCCCGAUAGCGACUACGGCGACAACGACAACGACAACGACAGCAAGUGCUGGGGCAUCUGAUACCCACCUCUACCUUGAGCGCCAGCGAGCCAUUCUAGGUUGCUUUGUGUUGGGGUCAGCGCUCUCAGCCUACUUCUCUCAGGCCGAUGCGCCACGGUGGACACCUCAAAUGGACGAAGGUUUUGCUGCCAUUUUCUCUAGCGGCAACAGCGUCGGAACAAAAUGCUCAUCUGAUGCUGCCCUGGCUCUUCAGGUCCGCAUGCAGUUGCUCGCUAUGAAGGCUGCCCAGGUCUGGGAGCGAGCCCAGCUUCCUGACCACCCCCCACCAGAGGCUCUUUCACGUCAAGCUCUCUUCUACAUCAAGACACUGAUGGGCCAGGUACAGGAACUCAGGGCGUCUGUCCCUCCAGCAUGCCAGCAGCACUUUGGCCUCCUCGCUCAGACGUAUUACACAGAGAUGUGUAUUAUAGAGUCCGUCCACCUCCAAGACUCCAUUCCCUCGUCACCGCCGAGAUAUGGACCCACGCGCAUAUCUUGCUUCUGGCAGUCAGCACUGACAAUUAAGUCGUGCGUGACAACCUUCCUGACCCUCUCGCCAUCUGGACUCCUUGGUGUCUCUUUUAUCCAGUGGGCUCAGCUGGCGCGGUGUUUGGCCACCUUGCACCGACUGAGCACGCUCCAAGAACCUGGCUGGGACCCAGCCACUGUGAGCAGGCUCGUUGAUCUCCCCGUCCUGUUAUCCUACACGGCGGAUAAGCUAGAGCUUGCUGCUGCUGAGGCUGGUGAGCAGCUCGGGUCAGUCGACGGUGUUUUCACACAACUAGCCCGCGGUCUACGCAUGUUCCAGUCGGCAUAUCACGAUUCAGUGCCACUUCCCCAACGGGAAGAGGCACAUAGAGCAAAGGAGGCAGGAACUAGAGCCGGGAUUAUACCGGAUGUCACCGAAGCUACAGCUCCAAUCACGGAAGCAUAUACAGAUGCGUUGGCAUAUACCCAACAGGCAGGUCCCACGUUAUGGUUAGAUCAGUUUUUUGUUGACUAUGACGAUCAGAUGCUAUCUACUUUGUAG